AUGGCGGCCGAGCUAGUCAAUGGUGCAACAAGCGAGAAACUGGCUGAAACUGAUUGGACAAAAAAUAUUGAAAUCUGUGAGUUAGUUGCUCAUGAUAAAAGGCAAGCUCGAGAUGUUGUUAAAGCUAUUAAAAAGAGACUAGGAAGCAAACAACCCAAUGCUCAACUUUAUGCUGUCAUGUUGUUGGAAAUGUUGAUGAACAAUAUUGGAGAGCAUAUUCAUGAGCAGGUGAUUGAUAAUGGAAUUAUUCCUGUUCUAGUAAAAAUUGUGAAAAAAAAGUCUGACUUGCCUGUGAGAGAGAGGAUAUUUCUCCUAUUAGAUGCCACACAAACAUCCCUUGGUGGUGCAUCUGGAAAGUUUCCACAGUAUUAUAAUGCAUAUUAUGAGUUGGUGAGUGCCGGAGUGCAGUUUUCUCAAAGGGAUCAAGUGGCUCAAUCAAACCAUCCUAGUUCACAACCUAAUAGGACUACUAAUGUGACAAACUGGGAGCAGGCCGCACCUAGACAUGAAGUAGUUGCUCAGCAAGCUGAGUCCCAGACUGUCCCUGAAUCAAGCAUUAUUCAAAAGGCUAGCAAUGCAUUAGAAGUACUAAAAGAGGUCCUGGAUGCUGUUGAUGCUCAAAAUCCUCAGGGAGCAAGGGAUGAAUUCACCCUUGACCUUGUAGAACAAUGCUCCUUUCAAAAGCAAAGGGUUAUGCAUCUUGUGAUGGCUUCUCGAGAUGAAAGGAUAGUUUCUAGAGCAAUUGAAUUGAAUGAGCAACUUCAGAAAGUUCUUGCAAGACAUGAUGACCUUCUUGCUGGCAGAGCUACAAUAACGGCUACUCGGUUUUACCAUGAGGAAGCAGAUGAGGAGGAGGAGCCUGAACAGUUAGUCCGGAGAUUACGUAAGGGAAAGGCUUGUGCAAGACCUGAAGAUGAGGAGACUGAAACUGACAUCCCUCCCCUGGGUUUACUUGGAGAGAGACUCAAUCGCCCACUAAUACGACCACUAACAAUAGAGCCACCAUCUCGUGAUGCUGAACCUCGAUCUCCACCUGUUGUGAUCCCUUCAUCUCGAGAAGCUGAUACUCGGUUUCCACCUGUUGUGAUCCCACCUCUGCGGCCGAAGCAGAACGGGGAUGGUCCCCAUCAUGUGGCAAUUCCACCACCACCUGCAAAGCAUGUUGAAAGAGAAAAGUUUUUUCAGGAAAACAAGGAUGGAACUAAUUUGUCUGGCCAUAUGAGAGGCCUCUCCUUGCAUAGUCGUAAUGGCAGCAGCUCUCACAGUGGAAGCUUUGAUUUUAGUGAAUGA